CCGCACCAGUCUCUUCCAUCUCUUCCCAUCGACUCAAAGAGCCUCAAACUCGAAGCCUGAACUCCAGUUCGUCCAACAAUCUUUCUCAACCACCAUGCAGUUCAGCUACAUCUCCGCCGCACUGGCCACUCUGGCUCUCAGCAACGCUGUUGCUCUCCCGCAACCAGCUGACUACAUCAACGAGCUCGAAGUCCGCGACCCACAAAUCGGCAUUGGUGUUGGUGUUGGCGUGAGCGUUGAAAUCGACGCCCAAGUGUCAGCCGCCGUCGAAGUCGUCAAGCAGCAAUGCACCAACUGGUCCUGCGGCUGCUCAGCAUUCCAGACUUGCUUCACCCAGGUCUGCGAUGCGCACAAAUACUCUGCCGAGGUGGUUGCUGGCCUGAAAGCAAAAUUCGACCUUAGCGUUAACAUUGGAAUCGGUGUUGGCAUCGACAUUGCCGCGUACAAGCAGGCAAUCAUCGGAUACUGCCAACCACUGACCAACUCUUGCUUCGAGUCCUACUGCGCACAGCAAGGCUACAGCCUCGACGUCAUCGCCCAGCUGAGGGUCGAGUUGGGGCUCAGUGUUAGCGUUGGAUCUUAGAUGAUGAGUCGAGUGGACUGGGAGAAUUGGACUGGCCGUUCGUGGCAAUACAUAUUGAACGAGUUGCGCUACUGAUGCAAACCCAGGGAUAGGGACAGGCAUGCUUAGUGUGUUGGCUGGCUCUACGGCGUUCUUGUUUCGUCCUCUCUGUGAGUGACCACACAUCCAUACGAAAGCAGUACUUAGCAAGACACAUACAAGCGAAUCAUUGUAAUUAGAACAUUUGUCUUCAGCAGAUCACAUAUCAUAUAUCACACAUCACAUAUCACACGUCUCGACCAAC